AUGGGGAAGAAGCCGUGCAGUGCUGGCCCUUCCUCGGCAUCCAGGCCCAUGAACCAGGCCAUGUCGCUCCGCGAGGAGACCUCCGGGAAGACACAAGCCAACACGCCCUCCCUGCUGAGGGUCCAGCACCUGCAGCGGCUGGGGGCGUGGGCGACCGGUGAGGCGGGAGUUGGCUCGAUCGGAGCACUGCUGGGCCGCCGCUUCGCCAUGGACGUCGAGGUGGCCGGGAUCCCCAUAGCUUCCACCUUCCUUUGCCAGAAAUGUGAAUCAAUCUUACAUCCAGGCUUCAACUGCACAAUCCGCAUAAAGAACAACAAAAAGAAAGCAAAGCGGCGCAAGAAGUCAAAUCCUGGCCAAAACAGUGUUGUCUAUGCAUGCCAUUUCUGUGGAGACCAAAACCUGAUACGGGGUAGUGGAAAGGGUAUCGUGAAGGGACUGUUAUCAUCAAGAAAGCCUGUUAGCACAAUGUUGAAAGCAGAACAUAUGAACGUGCCAACAGUAACUACUAAAAAGGGGAUCGGGCAUUCUGUGACAGCAGCCUCGCAACUGGAAUCAUCCAGGUUGAAAAUAUCCACUCUUGAAAAGGAUAAACAAGGUAAUGGGCCUAAAUCUAAUCUUCCUGAAAAUUAUAAAAUGGAGAAAGGGGCAGUUUUCUCAAUGGUGGAUCAUGGUCAGUUAGCGGCUGCACACAAAGACAUCCUGCAGCAAAUCGAAGUAGAAAGCGCAAAUGAUAAAUGUGUGAAUGGAAUUCAGCCUGCGGCUUCUAAAAAUUCUACUACAUGUGAACAUGAUGUCACUUCUCAAGCAGAAUUUCUAGCUGGGUCAAACUUUGCUACUCCUCAGAAGAACAAACUGGCGGAAGUAGCUUCAGCAGAAGCAUUGAAGACUAGAAGUAGACUGAACAGCAAAGCGCAGAAUUGUGCUUCAGUUGCUGGCAAGGGCCCUGGAAAUUGUAGCAAGUCAGCUUCGAAUACCAGAUCUGCACGAGGUGAUUCUACUCAGCCAGCUGGCAGUUCAAGGAAGCGGGCAAGAAAAGGGUGGACUACGCUGAAGCAGAUUGCCGAGAAGGACGAGCUUGAGAGAAAAGAGAAGAUGGAUAACUUUGUAAUCCCGUUCUUCAUGCAGUAG